CAUAUAAUGUUUAAGAUCACAGCUCCAUAUCAAUAUUCAUUGCAACUGUACAUAACCUGAUAGUUACGUCUAGCAUAUAAAUAGGAAGAACAGGCUGCUAAAACUGAUCAUUCGCUAUUUACUAGCAAAGAUAUUUCAAAGUAUGGAAGGAGAGGGAGAAUGCUCGGAUAACCUAUUUACUAGUGUAAUGACACUUACCAAGAUGAGGGUACCUCAUGUGCCUCAACGCUAUGUUCUUCCUCCAUCGCAACGUCCGAACCUUACACUUGACCUCACCACAACCCUUCCCAUUAUAGACCUUUCCACCUUGCACCAUGCUUCUCAAAGGUCUCUAACACUUGAUACUAUACAAGGCGCCUGUAAGGAACUUGGGUUCUUUCAGGUGGUUAACCAUGGCAUCCCUCUCCCCGUCAUCCAUGACGCCCUUGCUGCUGCAACAGAGUUUUUCAACUUGUCUCUCGAGGAGAAAAUGACUCUAUUAUCAGAUAAUGUGCAUAACCCCGUAAGGUAUGGUACUAGUUUGAAUCAUGCAAGCGAUAAAGUUCACUAUUGGAGAGACUUCAUCAAGCAUUACUCCCACCCUAUUUCUGAUUGGAUCCAUCUAUGGCCUUCAAAUCCUCCAAGUUACAAGGAUAAAAUGGGAAACUACGCAAAGGCAGUACAAGUGCUACACAAGCAACUGAUGGAAGCCAUCUUAGAAACUUUAGGAUUGAACUUUGGCAACUUACAGAAGGAAAUUGAAGAAGGCAAUCAACUAAUGGCCAUUAAUUGCUAUCCAGCUUGUCCUGAACCAGACCUCACAUUAGGUAUGCCACCACACUCAGAUUACGGAACGCUAACUGUCCUGCUUCAGAGUGGCCCAGGGCUACAGCUACAGGACAACAAGAAGAAAUGGCUCUCUGUUCCAUUUGUUGAAGGCGCCUUACUAGUCCAAUUGGGAGAUCAAAUAGAAGUGAUGAGCAAUGGACAGUACAAGAGUGUUGUUCAUCAAGUGACUCUAAGCGCGGAGAACAAGCGGUUGUCCAUAGCAAGUCUUCACAGUCUACCUAUAAACAAGAAAAUAGGACCAGCACCAGAGCUUGUGGAUGAGCAACAUCCUGUCUCCUACAACGAGUUCAGUUUCAGAGAUUUUCUUGAUUACAUCUCAAGCAACGACAUUGCAGACAAAAGAUUCAUUGAUUCAAUUAAGAAGUCUGUAUGAAGGAAAAGCAACAGAGUUUGUGCUCAUACAUUAGACUUUUUAAAAGGCAAAACGCUACAAAUGCUUUUAGCUUUAAUCAAAUAUGUUAUCGGGUAUUUAUGCAUAUGGUUAGAAGAACAUAAUACCAUUAAGAAUAAACUAGCAAAGUGUUUGUGUCCCCACCUCCCUCAACUUGAGUGGCAGAAAUCUUUAUGUCAAAGCAAUAAAUUAUCCAGGUUUU